AUGGCUUCUAGAUUGUGUAUUGCGGGAGCGAAAGCAGGAACGGAAGCCAGAGCUGGAAUGCGGGGAUGGAGAUGUGGAGAUGGUUUGGGAAUUAAGUUGAGGAGUGAGAUGGCGAGAAGCCUAGGAGGUGGAGUGAGAGCUGGGAGUACAAUGAGAAGUAGAGUUGGGUUUGGGCUUGAAAUGCGCUUUCAAAGGAGAGGUCUGUUGACAGAGAGUUAUAGUGCUGGACCUAACGAGCCGCCACUUCUCCAGCAUACUAUUCCCCAGCAUUUCCGCAGCAUCGUCAACGCUCAUGGUGAUAACCUUGCACUCAUAUCUCGCUCCCAAAAUGUAAAACUUACAUAUCGAGAAUUGGAUGAGAAGAGUAAUGUUAUAGCAUGUGGGUUGAGAAAUUUGGGUGUGCAGAAGGGAGAUAGGGUAGCUGUUAGUCUGGGGAACGGAUGGGAGUUUGGAGCAAUCACUUAUGCAAUUUGGAAAUUGGGUGCUGUGUUGGUACCGUUAAAUCCAGCAUUUAAUACGAAACAAGUGGUGUCGGCCUUGAACCACUUGGCGGCUUCUCACCUGAUAAUUGGCCAUGAAACACAUUUACCGUUUAAGCCCCCCAGGGACAAUACACCUUUACUGAAAGAUAUCAUUGGGGAUCUCAGGCAACUCGCGAAUGAUUGGAAGAGUGGAGCUGUUCCAAGUUUAAAGAACGUUGUUCUCGUGAAAAGUCCGAAUGAUGAACUUGCGAGUUUGCCAGCUACCAUUGAUUUUCAAACGAUGAUGUCGAUUUAUGGAUCAGAUAAAGAGAAGGAAGUCUUUCCAAAUCAGGAAUUGCAUAAAGAUGAUGUAAUCAAUAUUCAAUUCACAUCAGGUACAACUUCGACUCCUAAAGCAGCUUGCUUGACCCAUCAUUCAAUUCUCAACAAUGGCUAUUUUAUCGGCUCUCGUAUGGCUCUCACACCAUCAGAUAUAGUCUGUUGUCCACCCCCUUUAUUUCACUGCUUCGGUUCUAUUCUCGGAUAUAUGGCAACCGCUACUCAUGGCAGCACAAUUCUGUUUCCUUCCCCUGCUUUCAAUCCUUCGGCAACUCUUCUAAGCAUUCAAGAAAACAAAGCCACAGCUCUUUAUGGAGUUGCCACUAUGUUUCUCGCCGAACUCGAACUUCUUUCUACGGGUGCCAUUCCUCAUACUGGCUUUGAACAUUUACGCACAGGUAUCGCAGCUGGUUCUUCCGUUCCUAAAUCCUUGAUGGAAAAGCUUCAUAAACAAUUAAAUCUUACUGGUCUAACAAUUUGUUAUGGAAUGACAGAAACGAGCCCCGUUUCUUGUAUGACGACUCCAACUGAUCCGAUGGAAAAACGACUUGAUAGCGUGGGGAAGCAAUUACCUCAUGUAUCUACUAAAAUCGUCUCACCCUCUGAUCCCAAUAAAGUUCUGCAAUUAGGUCAACGCGGCGAAUUGGCCGUCUCGGGAUAUCUGGUUAUGAAAGAAUACUAUGCAGAUCCAAAUCGCACCGCAGAAGUCUUGAUCACCGAUAAAGAUGGGAAGGUUUGGAUGAAGACGGGCGAUGAAGCUAGUAUGGAUGAAGAAGGUUAUGUAAAGAUUACGGGGAGGAUUAAAGAUCUGAUUAUACGGGGAGGAGAAAACAUCCAUCCGCUUGAAAUCGAAGACUGCAUCUUUGGUAUGGAAGAUGUUAGGGAGGUUAGCGUGGUUGGAAUUUCAGACCACAAAUAUGGAGAGGUAGUUUGUGCGUGGAUUGUACCUAGACAGGGUGUGAGCCGAGGAUCGGAUGAUGCGGGGGUCACGAACGAUAUUAUGAGUUGGGAAACUUAUGAAAAACUUGUGAAGAACGGAAUUAAUGCCAGCAGCCAUAAUGAGAUCUUCAAAGCAGAAGCCGGAGCUAAAACCACGGAGGGAGAAAAGGGCCAAGCCCCAAGACUCACUAAAGAAGCAAUUCGACACCAUGUGAGGACACAUUUGAGUGGGCAUUUGGUUCCGAAAUAUAUCUUCUGGAUGGAUGAAUAUCCAAAGACGGCUAGUGGGAAGAUUCAGAAGUUCAAGUUGAAGGAGAGAGCGGAGUGGAUCAUUGGGAGUGGAGGAGAACACUAA